AUGACAAUCUCUAUUUAUGAUAGUGAACAAUAUUUAUUUGAAAUUGCACAAAGUUUCAUACGUUCACGUGUUAUAUUUACAUCAAUUGAAUUAAAAAUAUUUGAUUUAUUAUUAUCAUAUAAUGAUGGUUUAACAUGUUUACAAAUAAGUGAACAAUUAACAUUACAUUAUAUUGAAAAUGAAUCAAGAUGUUUACAAGAUAUACUCGAUUGUUUAACAUCAAUGAAAUUUUUAGAACGUGAUAAUGAGAAAUUAAUUUAUAAAUUAACAAAAUUUACACGAAAUAUUCUUCUACCUAAUCGAAGAAUUUUAUCAAAUCUUGAUCAAGAAUUUUAUAAUAAAAUGCCACAAUUUAAUGAGAUUGUUCUUAAUAGUUCUUUAAAAGAUUCUAUUAAUCUUAUUAUGGUUUUACGUAUUAAACAAUUAGUUGAUUUAAGUUUAUAUACAAAUAUUUCAAUUGAUUCAAUUGAUAAAAAUGUUGAUGUUAUUAUUAUUUGGAGACAAGAUGGUUUAUUAAAAGAAAAAAUCAAACAAGCAUAUGAUAUAUUACCAUUAAAUAAAAAAAGUCUUCUUAUUUUAAUAAUACCAAAUGAUGAAUAUGAUGAAGUUACAUUAACACUUAAUCUCUUUUUAAAUAUGACAACUCCAAAUAAAGAACAAGAAAAUUCAAAAGAAUUCUAUUCAAAAAAAUUUCUUAAACAAAUAGGAUUUCGAUCUACUGAAAGAAUGCAAUCAGCAGAUGGUUUACAACUUUUACUUGCUUAUAAGUAA